AUGGCACAGUUCCCCACCACAUUCACAGGCGACCAAGCCAGGAACUUCUUCCUUCAAUCAGGUCUGCCCCCUCCGAUCCUGGCUCAGAUCUGGGCUCUGGCUGAUAUGAACAGCGAUGGCCGCAUGGACAUGCACGAGUUCUCCAUCGCCAUGAAACUCAUCAAGCUCAAACUCCAGGGUCACCCUCUGCCCCCCGCUCUUCCUCCCAGUAUGAAACAACCCGCACUGACGUUACCCCCACAUAGUGGCUUCGGUAUGCCCCCCAUGCCUCCCAUCUCAGCUCCUCUGUCAGGCGUGCCUCCUCUCCCCCUGCCACCUCUCCCCGUCGGAGUGUCCCCCCCACUCGUCUCGUCUGCCGCGCCGCCCCUCCCCCCGCCCCUCGCCAACGGAGCUCCUCCCACCGGCAUAAUGCAGCCAAUCUCAGGCUUCUCCCACCCAGCUCCCUCCGUCAACAAGUCUUCUUCGUUUAAUCGUUCCAGUGCCAAGUUGCCGAAGGGGCCGUCGGUGGACGUUGCUAGUGUCCAGCCCCCGCCUGAUUGGGCUGUUCCUCAGUCCUCCAGGCUGAAGUACAGACAGCUUUUUAACUCCCACGACAAGAUGAUGAGUGGACACCUCACAGGUCCCCAGGCUCGCACCAUCCUGAUGCAGUCCAGUCUUCCUCAGGGACAGCUGGCCACGAUAUGGAGUCUGUCAGAUAUCGACCAGGAUGGAAAGCUAACAGCUGAGGAGUUUAUCUUAGCCAUGCACCUCAUAGAUAUGGCUAUGUCAGGGCUACCGCUACCCCCAGUGUUACCACCAGAUUACCUCCCACCCACAUUCAGGCGUGUGCGAAGUGACAGCGUUCAGUCGGACCAGAAGAGCGUGCAGGAGGAGUUUGAGGAGGAGGCGGAGAGCAACCAGGACAAGAAGUUACCAGUGACGUUCGAGGAUAAGAAGAGAGAGAACUUUGAGCGAGGAAACCUGGAGUUGGAGAAGAGACGUCAGGCUCUGCAGGAGCAGCAGAGGAAGGAGCAGGAGAGGCUGGCGGCGCUGGAGAGAGAGGAGCAGGAGAGGAAGGAGCGUGAGCGUCUGGAGAACGAGAGGAGACGACAACACGAACUAGAACGACAACUGGAGAGACAGAGAGAGCUGGAGAGGCAGCGAGAAGAGGAGAGACGCAAAGAGAUAGAGAGGAGAGAGGCCGCUAAGCGUGAAUUAGAGCGCCAGCGUCAGCUGGAGUGGGAGCGUCAGCGUCGCCAGGAGCUCCUGACCCAAAGAAACCGAGAGCAGGAGAGCAUCGUGCUGCUCAAAGCCAGGAAGAAGACCCUGGAGUUUGAGCUGGAGGCUCUGAAUGAUAAGAAGUCCCAGUUGGAGGGCAAACUGAAGGAUGUUCGGUGUCGUCUGUCGGCUCAGCGGAGAGAGGUGGAGCAGACCAAUCAGACCAGGGAAACGCGCAUCGCUGAAAUCACCCUGCUGCAACAGCAGCUGCAGGUACGCCCAAACAAACGUAUAACCAUCAGCCAGUAG